GGUGGGUGGUUUUUGUCCAUUUUUUCUCCUGCAGAACCUUGCUGAAACUGAGUUACGCUAAUCGUGCAUGCAGCGUCGCAGCCAAUUUCCACUCACUUAGGGCUCUGAGGAUUCAAGUAACAUCCCAUUGCGCGAUGGGCUUAGUUGAGCCACACAACGGUGCCGUUCCUUCCUUGUUGAGCAGGCAGACAGGAGAUGUAUAAAGGCACGCUGAUGUCUAUCGUUGCCUGUGCUAGCUGUUCCGGUUCUCCUGUGAGCAGAGCUGUUGGUCAGACUUGCUGGCACUAGAAAUUAAGCAUGGCAGAGAGAUGAGGGCGAUGGGGUGCUACUGUAAGAGUCAGAGAUGCUUUUGAGUGUCCUCUAUGGCUGCCCGGUUCCUCAGAAAGCAGUUCCGCCUGCCAGCUAAAUCAAAGCCAUCCCUUAGAUGCUGUACUGUACAGCUACGGAGCCUUUGCUCACCUGCUCUGCAUCCUGCUUUACGGACGUUAGAGGAAUUUGGACCGCAGGAGUUCAGGGCUGCGCUCUAUGAAUGGAAACAUCCUCAACUGUUGGAAACAGACCGAGUCCCUAAGUUCUGUUUCAGCAGAAAGCAGGCAGUGCUGGCAACAAGCAACUGCUGGCAAGAGCUGAAUGCAGCUCUUCCGUCACCACGACUCACACCAUUCCCUAUUUUCUCACUCCAGCACAUGUCCACCCAGGAAGAUGGAGAACUCAGCAGCUGGCUGUUGGUGUUCGUGCUUCAGCCUGGGGAAACCAUCCUCUGCGGCCAAGCGCCAACUGCGUCGCGAUCGCAGGGAGCCCUCAGAAACAGGAGUCCCAGUCCUGGCAGGGGGACGAGGAGACAGCGGGACUCUUGGCUCGGCUAACAGUGCAGAAUGGCUUCCCUCUCUGCACGCUGCUGAAGGUGAAUCCAGCCCUUUUCAGCCUGGAAGAUCCAGAGCGAGUUGUGAUGUAGUGUGUGCUGCCAUCAGUGGAGAGCUGUCAGGGAGCAUGAAUCGCUGCCCUUCGAAUGACAGCCUUCCACUUGCCAACAGUGAUGGGGCCAAGGAGGUCAUCCACGUUUGUGCCCUCCUUUCUCCCGGCUCUGCUGAAGAGGUUGUCCAGAGCAUGCCAGAGGUGACAGUCACUAGCCUGGAGCGUGACCCAGCGUCUUCCCAGUGCAGCCCACCCCAUGCAGAGUCCGAGUGCUCCGACAGCAGCACCUCCGUGCAGGAGCAGGACAGCAUCCCUGAGGAGAAGCCGAGCCCCUUGGAGGAGGACGUAGAAGCAGGCAGCCAGUCCCAGACACCGGGCAGCACCACGAGCUCUGAGCCAGUCUCUCCAUGACAAGAGAAGACGAGUGCCUUCUUCGCUCUGGACCUCUCUCUCACGCCCUCCUGCCUUCUACUGAAUAAAGGCACACUCGUGGUCGAUGGACACCUUGCCUGCAUUCCGAGUCUUCAUUCACAGGGAUUGGGAUGAACAGAAGAAAGAGCGAGGCGCUUCAUCUUGCAGCGACGUGGCUUUAGGGCGUGUGCAGCAGAUCUCGGGAUUUGUUCCCGUUUUGUGUGGCUUUGGGAUGUCUGCAGCAGGAGCUCUGCUACCGUUUUGUACAGUAGCAAAUAAUGUGUAGCACCCUGGUGUCUGCUCAUUGUAAUCCCCAGCUUCCGGGCUGUGGCUUUGUGAUGCUUUUCAAUGCUUUUUGAAGCUCUUCCGUGCCUUGGCUGCUCCCUAACACCUGUCUCCUCCCGCAGCGUCCAUUCCUGGCUGCCACCUACGCGCUGGCCCUGCAGAUCACCUCCAGACCGGCUGUCAUCACGCUGCGGCAGUAGGAGCUCGCCCUGCCCCACGUCAGGCCGUGGUGCUGGGUCUGCAGAUGAGCGGCUGCCUCCUCCUCUCUUCAUCUCC